CGGCCCCGCAGCCCCCCGCGAUGCGGCCCGGCCCCCGCCCGCGCUGAUCCGCGCUGCCGGCGCCCCCCGCCAUGCUGCGGCGGCUGCUGGAGCGGCCCUGCACGCUGGCGCUGCUGGUGGGCUGCCAGUUCGCCUUCGUCGCCUACUUCUCCCUGGGGGGGUUCCGCAACCUCACCUCCCUCUUCGGCCGCGCCGCCGGGCCCGUCUUCGACUACUCCCGCACCCACGACGUCUACGCCAACCUGAGCCGCCUCCUGCCCCGCCGGGCCCGCCCCGACCCCGCGCAGCCGCUGCCCUUCUGCCCCGAGCGCUCGCCCUUCCUCGUCGGCCCGCUGACGGUGAGCUUCAGCCGGGCGCCCGCGCUGGAGCAGAUCCGGGCGAAGAACCCGGCGGUGCGGGAGGGCGGCCGGUACCAACCCCCCGCCUGCGAGGCCCGGUCCCGCACCGCCGUCAUCAUCCCCCACCGCAACCGCGAGACCCACCUGGGCCACCUCCUCUACUACCUGCACCCCUUCCUGCAGCGCCAGCAGCUCCAGUACGGCAUCUACGUCGUGCACCAGGUGAGUCGGUGGGCGCCGGGGGCUCGGCCGGGCCCCUGCCGAGGGCCGCUGCUGCCAGCCCCCCUCUCCCCCCAGGCGGGCAACUCCACCUUCAACCGGGCCAAGCUGCUGAACGUGGGGGUGAAGGAGGCGCUGAAGGACGAGGAGUGGGACUGCCUCUUCCUCCACGACGUUGACCUCAUCCCCGAGAACGACCACAACCUCUACACUUGCGACCCCUGGAACCCCAAACACGUCUCCAUUGCCAUGAACAAAUUCGGAUACAGCCUGCCGUACCCCCAGUACUUUGGGGGGGUCUCAGCUCUCACCCCUGACCAGUACAUGAAGAUAAACGGUUUUCCCAACGAGUACUGGGGCUGGGGUGGUGAGGACGACGACAUUGCCACCAGGGUGCGCCUGGCCGGCAUGAAGAUCGCCCGCCCGCCCGUCUCCAUCGGCCACUACAAGAUGGUGAAGCACAAGAGCGACAAAGGCAACGAGGAGAACCCCCACAGGUUCGACCUGCUGAUCCGCACCCAGCGGAUGUGGACGCAGGACGGGAUGAACUCCCUCACCUACACGCUGCUGGCCAAACACCUCCACCCGCUCUACACCAACCUGACGGUGGACAUCGGAACGGACCCCCGUGCCGGCCGGGGCCGCGGGGGGCCGGUGCCGGGCCACGAGGGCCAGAGGUACCGCAGCAGCACUAGCCUUUUCCGGGAGGAGAUGCUGCGCAAGCUGCCCCGGGAUGCCACGGGCUGGCGGGACCAGGGCCUGUCCCUGUCCCCGUGGUUGCCCACAGCCCCCGCACAGCAACCGCUGGUGCGUAACGGCACCCAGGGCAGCGCUGGCUCCCCGCCAGCACUGGGGAGCACCCAGCGCAGCCCCGAGGCUGCCGGGGAGGGUGAUGCCCACCCAGGGAGCAGCACUGCUGUGGCUGUGGCAGGAGAAGAGGGGACCCUGCCCACCCGUGGGGCCAACCAGAGCCUGCCCCAAGGCACCCGCUAGCCCUUGGCCACCGCCGACCCCACACAGACUCCGCUCGCUGCGACCUGGUGCUGGGAAGGGGCCCCCGUCGUGCGCGGGGCGGGGAAGCCGCAGCUGGGCUUGUCGCACUGUGGCCUUGCUGGAGAGACUGGGGGGAACCGCCCGGGGAGCUGCUGGCUGUGGGGCCUGUGCCUGGUACUGGGGGGCGCCCCUGGGGAAGGGGCGCAGGGAGAGCUGGGUUUGGGGUGAGCCGGGGCCCUGGGGGCUCGCCUGACUGUCUCCCUGCAGGUUGUGGGUGCCUGCAGAUGGUCACAGGCUGCGCUGCCAGCGCACGGUUAUUUAUUCUAUUUAUGAGCUGCUCCCUGGGCCUUUGUAAGGGUUUUUCAAUAAAAAAAAAAACAAACAAACAAACAAACAAACAACCCA